AGUGUUAGAGAGAAAUCUGAAACUCUCUCAGAGUCCCAUCUAUCACAGCAUCCAUCCAGACAGGCCGGCCUUGCCCUCUCCUAAACCCAGGAUUAUAACCUUGAAGUCGGACAUGGACAACGCCAAAGCCCCCGGCAACACAAUAGUGCUGGCGUUUAAAGAAGACACUGCACUGACAGAGAUGAUGCGUCUCCGCGUGUCGUCUCUGCAGCGCUCGGGGCAGAAGCGCCAGGACGGCGAGCGCCUGCUUCUCUCCCACGAGGCCGUGUAUCGGCUGGACUUCCCCACCCAGGAGCUCAACUUCUCUCGCUGGUACUUCUCCCUCAAGGCCUACGGUCGCGUCACCAUCACCGGGAUCUCCCAGCACUGGACGCCCGACCUCACCAACCUGAUGACCCGGCAGCUGCUCGAGCCGAUCGGAACGUUUUGGCGAAACGCCAACGACCCGGAGGAUUCGCCGCUCAAGUGGCUGGAGGCGGACAUGCAGGAGUUCGGCGAAAGGAUUGCCGAGCUGGCCAAGGUCAGGAAGGUCAUGUACUUCCUGUUUGCUUUCAAGGAUGCUGCGGAGGCCGCAAAUCUCAGCUGCUCGGUGGAGUUCACAGCAGAUUAACGACUCGUCACUCUUUGUCCAGUAGAGUCCUCUUUAGUACUCAAGAAGCACUGCAAUAGUUUGUUCAAUCUUUGACCUUUUAAAAACAUCACACUAGAGCUGAAGAAAAAGAGGCGAGCUGGCCUCCAUUUUGUUUGACAAUACUUCGAACGUCAACAAGAUGUGACGUCACCAAAACAUCACUUAGAGCACCUUUAAGACUGUAGAUCCACCUUCUUGGCCCACAUGACGCAUUCAAAUUUUCCACAGUUCAUUCAAACAUUUCAGCACAACCUUUUACAAUGAACCUCAACAGCCAAGUCAACAUUUUAUAAGCACUCAACAUGCUGUAAAGAAAGUAUUUUUCACAAAACAAAGCACACAAAAAAACAACACAUAGUACGAGAUAGAACAAGUAUGAAAGCACUUUGUUUAAACUAAACUAAAAAGAUCAAAGCAUCAUCGACAGAAAUCAGCAAUUUCGAUUCGUACAGAAACGCGAGCAUUCGUACAAAAAAAGAUUCUUUUGACAACAUUAUGUCAUGUUAAAACUUCAUAAUCGUUUAUGGAAAUGUUAGAAUUCAGAAAUGUUGAAUACAAAACUUCUGAGGACACAAACUAAACUUCCUCUUGUAAAUAAAAACAGGCCUUUUUUUUCGGAUCAGCUGAAUAUCGUGAUAAUGUGCGUUUGAGUGGUUACUGUCUUUUGCUGUUGUUGUAUUUUGUUCCUGAAGUCUUUCGUCGCUCACAGGAGAGGCAAAAACAAGCAGCGCUGAAUGCAAUAUUGAAUAUUCACAUCACAUGACUGUCGGCCUACAAACAGAGAUCAAUGGAGUGAAAUCUAUUAAAAAUCAAAUGAAAGCUG